AUGUCCACCAAGGCCCCCUUCACCCAGGAGAAGACGUUUAGCUCCUACAACCAAGCCCAAGGGGAGGCCUACGCCAAUCUCCGCCCGAAAUACCAUCCCAGUAUAUACCAAAUGAUCAUAGACCACCACACUUCCACUGGUGGCCACUUCGAUGUCCUCCUCGAUGUUGGUUGUGGACCUGGAAUGGCCACUCACGCACUAGCCCCGAGGUUCUCUCAUGUCCUCGGCCUCGAUCCUUCCGAAGGCAUGAUAGCAGCCGCCCGAGCACACAACGAGAGGACCCCCACAACGAACGUGCGCUUCGAAGUUUCGACCGCCGAAGAUCUAGGCUCAAACCUGUCUCCGCCAGUCCAAGACACCAGCGUGGACCUCAUCAUCUCCGCAAACGCAGCCCACUGGUUCAACAUCCCAGCCUUCUGGUCUGCUGCUGCCCGAGUCCUCAAGCCGAGCGGUACAGUCGCACUAUGGGCACCCUGUGGCCCAGCCAUACACCCCUCCACCCCGAAUGCAUCGGCCAUCCAAGCGGCAAUUCAAAAGAUCCAAGAAGAGUAUCUCGCUCCAUUCUAUGAGCCGGGCAAUCUCUUGACUCAAAAUCGGUAUGCCGAGUUUCCUCUCCCGUGGGACAUGGACGAGCCAGUUACUGCGUUUGACAAGGAAUCCUUCUUUCGUCGAGAAUGGGGUGUUGAUGAGGAGUUUUUUGAUAGAGAGCCUGUUCUGAGCUUGGAUCAGGUGGAAAAGAUUAUGGGUGUGGGGAGUCCGGUUACGCGCUGGCGGGAGGCCAAUCCUGGUGCCGUAGGUACGGAAGAGGAUGUCGUUAGGGUGUGUCGCAGGACAGUGGAGAAACUCCUGCAUGAGGCGGGUGUGGAAGAAGGGAGGGAAGUCAUUAGAGGGGGCUCUAUGGGGGUGUUGUUGAUUGUGAAGCACAAGGGUUGUGAGUAG